CGUCAGCGCAAGGGUCAUUUCGUCGCUGGGAAGGGACGGCCCUCGCCCGCGGUGAUGGUGGUUAGCAAGAUGAACAAAGAUGCGCAGAUGAGAGCAGCGAUUAACCAAAAGUUGAUAGAAACCGGAGAAAGAGAACGCCUCAAAGAGUUGCUGAGAGCUAAAUUAAUUAAAUGUGGCUGGAAGGACCAGUUGAAGGCACACUGUAAAGAGGUAAUUAAAGAAAAAGGACUAGAACACGUUACUGUUGAUGACUUGGUGGCUGAAAUCACACCAAAAGGCAGAGCCCUGGUACCUGACAGUGUAAAGAAGGAGCUCCUACAAAGAAUAAGAACAUUCCUUGCUCAGCAUGCCAGCCUUUAAGAUUGAAUUAGAUUGUGUUGUUUUGUGGUUUUAUUUCUGAAAGUAAAAACUUGCCAUAAAUUAGGAAUCGAUUUCCCAAAAUAAAAUCCUUUUUUGUAUGAUGGUA